AUGCCCUCCUUCCCCCGAAAGACUUUGGCCGUCGGCUCAGCCGGCCACACAUAUGACUACAUUUGCAUCAAGCCCACUGUCACGACACCCAGCAAGAGCGCAAUUGUCUUCUUCCAUGGCUUUCCUGCAAUCGCAGAUAUCUGGUCACGCCAAAUCAAAUAUUUUGCUGAUCUAGGCCACACCGUUAUCGCGCCUGAUUUACUGGGGUUUGGCGGUAGCUCGAAGCCUCAUGCUGUCGAGGAGUAUACUAGCUGGACUGCUGUUGAAGACAUCGUUGGAAUCCUCGAUGCCGAAGGUCUGGAGAAAGUUCAUGGUGUUGGACAUGAUGCUGGCGCGUACUUUUUAUCUCGGCUUUACAACUAUCAUCCCGGAAGAUUGUAUAGCUUGACAUUUCUAUCGGUGCCGUAUAGUGCGCCGGGUGUUCAUUACGAUCUUGAUGCUAUCUCAGCAAUUCUGGAGAAGUUUAUUGGCUUUGAUAAGCUUGGUUAUAUGCGUUUUCUUGCUUCGAGUGAUUCUCCACGUCUUAUUGGGGAUCAUCUGGAGUCGUUUUUGAGUAUCGCGUAUCAUGAGGAUAUGGAUGUUAGAUCUGAGCAUUUUUAUCCGCCGGGUAAACUUCAGGCUUGGUUGAAGGCGGAUCGUGUUGAUCAUUCAUUGGUUCUGCAUGAUGAGGAUAAAGAGAAUUUGAUUGGGUCGUUUCGGAAGGGAGAUUGGGUUGCUGCGACGAAUGGGUAUCGUUUGAUGGCGGAGAAUUUGAAUGAGGAGCGUGAGAAGGCGGAUAUCGCUGAUGGGAAAUUGGCUACAACGAUCAAGGUGCCUGUGUUGGGUAUUGAUUCGCAGGCUGAUAAAACUAGUUUGUCGGGGAGUAUGCAGAAGGGUGUUUCACAGUUUUUGGAUGAUGAGAGUCUGGGUACUUUCGUGACUGUUCCUAGCCAAGGGCAUUAUCCACAUGUGGUUUCAGCUGUGGAGGUUAAUGGUGCCAUCAAGAGUUUAGUAGAAAGCAUUGAUGCUUAG